UAUGAAAAAACCUACCACUGUCUGAUAGCUGUAACGCUGUUAAAAAUUUGGACAUGUUUUGUUUUUCUUUUCGAAUUUCCAGGUUCAAGGUCAUUCACAUUUGUUUCCGGUUCCGGCCUUCUGUAAAUAAUGAAACGGGCAAAUGGCAGACAAUGCUAAUGGCUUGCCUGAUAUGAGAGAGGCAACAAAUGGGCUGGUGAUUUUAGAACCCCGGAGAAAGCCUACAUGCUCAUUGGAAAAAUUAGAAUUUGUGAAGACAUCUGCAACAACAAUCAAGUUCACAUAUCCAUUGAAAGUGUUGAUACCAGACCAUGCUGGGUGCACCAACUGUGCCUGGAUCUACCCGAUAACCUAUGGGGGAGGUCUAGUAAGUGGAGAUGAGAUCAGCCUAGAGGUACAAGUCAAGCCAUUCUGCGCUGCUCUUAUUACAACUCAAGCCUCUACCAAGGUAUACCACAGUGAAGACAACAAGCCGUGUGUACAGAGAUUCAAAUACUCAGUUGCUGACAAGUCUUUAUUGUGUGUCCUCCCAGACCCCAUAGUGUGCUACAAGGAGGCCAUAUAUAAGCAGAGUCAGAGGAUAGAGUUGUCUCCCCUGGGCAACCUGGUGCUAUUGGAUUGGCUCACAGCUGGGAGGACUGCUAGAGGGGAAAUCUGGCAGUUUACAAAGUACGACAGUUGUAAUGAGAUUGUAAUUGAUGGAAGACUACGGUUCAAAGACUCUGUUUCUCUAGAAGAAACUGACAAUUUAUCUAUUGCAGAGGCUGUUGGAGGUUUUCAGGCCAUAGCCCUAUGUGUGCUACUAGGACCUCAGCUGGAGACAUUCACAGAGAACCUUCUGCGCACUAUUGGAAGGUCAAAGUCAUUUGGGGAAGCAUACAUCUCGAACACAAUAGUCAGUAUCUCCCCACUAAGUUAUGACACGAGGGAGGAUGUGGUGAAAGGCUGUAUUAUACGCAUAGGGGCCAACACUACCACAGAGGCUUUUGCUGAAAUAGAAGAAGUACUAUCGCCACUGUAUUCCAUUUUGGGUGGAGAUCCCUUUGAGAAUAAAUACUGA